AUGGCUCUUCAGGUAAUUCGGCUGGGGGCCACCCCUGUUAGCCUGAGCUUGCUCUCUAUCCAGGUUUAUGCUUCCUCUUCAGAGAAGGAGACUUCCAAAAAGGAGUUGCUGAAAAUUGAGGAGCUGUCACUCUACUCCUCUCCAGCUCGUGAGACUAAAUAUGUGGAGAAUCCACAAACCCAAUUGGAAGAGGGGGUUUCGCGUUUACGGCAUGUUAUGGAACCGUAUACAGCCUGGUGUCAGGAUCUUUAUGCCAAAGCUAUGCCCAAAUUAGAAAAAGCUGUUGAGCAUGGUAGAGAGGGCUGUGAAUUUCUCCAAAACCCCCCUGCUGGAUUUUAUCCAAGGCUUGGUGUGAUAGGUUUUGCUGGAAUUGUUGGAUUGUUUCUUGCUAGAGGCUCCAGAAUAAAGAAGUUAGUGUAUCCUGCAGGUCUCAUGGGUAUUGGUGCCUCCAUGUAUUACCCUCAGCAGGCGGUUUCUAUUGCAAAGGUUGCUGGUACACAGCUGUAUGACUGGAGUCUUCAGGGUUAUAUUGCUGUAGAAACUCUUUGGAAGGAUAAUCCUAAGAAGAAGAAAUCUGGGAAAAAAAGUGAUAAGGGUGAUGCAGAUAGUGACAAGCCCUUGGAAAUCCAUGCUGCUUCAAAUGAAGAGCAAGCCCCGAAGUAGAACACCAGAUCACUUGGCAUCAAACAGAUGUGAUGGAACGCACACAUCUGGUAAACAAAAAAUAUAGAUAUGAGCAACAAUUUCCCAAGAAAAAGAGGAAAACCGUCUGAAUCUGUUUUGAUUUUGAAUGUGACUAGUCUGCCUUCUGCCUCAGGAAAGACUGACAGUGUGCUGCUUGGGCUUCUGGUGUGGAAUCCGUGAAAGGACACUAAGUAUUUUGGGUCAGUCCUGAGACCUUGUCCUCAAUUCUGCAGUGGGACUCAAGUCUGCCCAUGCUUGUCCCAUUGGAGGAUCAGCAUUGCAAGUAACAAGUCUCAAAACUCCUCAGUCUCUUGUCAUUAUUUAUAUAUAAAAUAAAAUUCCAGUUAUGCAAAAUGGUCCUUUUUUUUCCCCUCCUCUUAUCUUCUUUAAACUCAUGUAUGUGACACUUGCACAAUACGUGAAAGGUUCUCGAGAUGCUGUUGACAAUGCCUGUAUUUUUUAACAGUGAGGAAAAGCUUAAAGUAGCAUGAUGUUUUGGCUAACAUUAGUUAAUAGAAUUACGAAUGAGAAAAAUUACAAUGACUCUUGUGUUUUGUCUGAGUCGCCCCCUCCUUUCUAUACAAAUCUUCUGCCUCAUCAGUGCCAGCGGGAGGUAUAUAAUGAAGCAUCUGUGAGUUCCUGUCUAGUAGAUGGAUGGGAAUGGAGCUGUUAACGUUCUUGUUUUUGCUUGAAUGCACAGCUCAGUGGGAACCAGAACGUUUCGGUGGUGGGAACCAGCUAUAGAAUAACUUGGCUGUUUCCUUAUUCCCAGCUAGGGGAGGGGAAGAAAAAGUGAAGCGAAGGGAAGUACAAAAGGAUUUCCAGCAUUUUGAAAUCUCUGCACAAUAAAACCCUUUCAUCAU